AAAAAUUUCAAGCGAAACCGAAUUAAGAGAGAAAAUUGCAGAAGAAACACAGAGCAAGAUGUGUGCAGUGGCGUUACCGAACUCGCCGAUUUUUUCACCGUCAAUGUUUUGCAAGCCAUCAGUUUCAUGUUCAUCAUCUCCGAGGAUCCAUGGCCCUCCGUCUGUUACAACGCCUCAAUCACCUUCUCCGCCAUCAACGUUGUCACCGCCGUCACCGUUAUCGUCACGGAUUCAAAAACAAGUGAAUGCUGUAAAGGACGGUGUAUGUGGUUCCGUGUUGAAGAGGAAGAGGCCGGCUAGGUUAGAUAUCCCGUUCGGAGGGUCGAGUGGCUUUGGACCGAAAAUGACGCCAUGUGGAGAUGAGAGAGUGGAUGACAUGGAAGUUGAGAGAGAUGGCUACUCCGUUUAUUGUAAAAGAGGAAGAAGGGGUUACGCUAUGGAGGAUCGGUACUCUGCUUUCGUUGGCCUUAAUGGGAAUCAUAAACAGGCUUUGUUCGGUGUUUUUGAUGGGCAUGGAGGACCAAAAGCGGCCGAAUUUGCGGCGAAGAAUUUGGAUAAAAACAUAAGGGCAGAAGUGUGUUCGCGCAAAUUUGAAGAAGAGGGUAUUGAGAGAGCAAUUAGAAAUGGUUAUUUGACAACAGAUACUGAAUUUCUAAGGGAAAAUCAUGGCGGUGGCACUUGCUGUGUCACUGCAUUGAUCCAAAAAAGCGAUCUUGUUGUCUCAAAUGUCGGUGAUUGCCGUGCCGUUUUGAGCCGGGGAGGAGUGGCUGAGGCACUCACUUCUGAUCACCAGCCCUCGAGAAAAGAUGAAAGAGACAGAAUUGAAGCUCAGGGUGGUUAUGUGGAUUGUUAUCAUGGUGUUUGGAGAAUUCAAGGUUCUCUGGCUGUGUCAAGAGGAAUUGGAGAUAGACAUUUUAAACAAUGGGUUAUAGCUGAACCCGAAACCAAAGCUUUACGAAUUAAACCGGAUUGCGAGUUCUUGAUCUUAGCCUCUGAUGGUCUUUGGGAUAAGGUUUCUAAUCAGGAGGCAGUAGAUUUAGUACGCCCAUUAUGUGUAGGAGUAGAGAAGCCAGAAUCAUCUUCUGCUUGUAAAAAGCUAGCUGAGUUGUCAGUAAGGAGAGGCUCCAUGGAUGAUAUAAGUGUGAUGAUAAUCCAAUUGGGCCAUUUUGUUCAGUGAUUAUUUACUAAUAAGACAGAAAAUAAAUGAAGAUAGGUGAUGUUUACUUCUUCUCCUGCAAGUAUUUUUUGAAGAAAGUUGCAGUUGAAGAAGCUAAGAAUGCCAGCUUUCCGAAGUCUUUUCUUCAAUUAGGUAGCUAGAGCCUAGAAGUAAUCCCAUUUCUUUGUAUAUUAUCACAAUUUUAAUAUUUUAGUUUUCCCAUUUCAAGGAACAAAAUAAUAACCCAGUUUCAAGACUCUAACCUUGUAAUCAAAUUUUGUAUAUUUCAAGAAGAAUAGAGAUUCUUUGCCCACAAAUUUGCCUUUUGUAUUGUCUUGUGAUCGUUCUCUUCG